GCGCUGCCCGCGGCGGAGGGGGCGCAGGCUUCCCUCUUGCGCGAGCAGCUGAGCAGCAGCCAGGCCGCGCGGGGCGAGCUGCGCGCCACGUGGGGUUGGGACGAGGAGGGGCGCGCCGCCGCGGGCGCGGUGGGGGCGAGCGACGACGACGAGGAGGAGGAGAACAGCGAUGGCGCGGGGAAGAGCGGGGCGGGGAGCGGCUACGCGUCUGCGAGCGCGGCUGUAUCGCCACCCGCGAGCUCUGCCGUCCUCUCCGCGCUCGCGCCAUCGGCCGGCACUUCGCAGGCGGUACUCGCGGCGCUCGCCGACUCGGACGAUUCAGACGAGGAGGAGGCGGGCGGGGCGGGCGGGCGUUGUGGUGUCGCACCGGCGAAGGCGGCGGCGGCCGGCGGGGAAGCGGUCGCAAACGGAAACGGCAACGGCAACGGGGUGGGCGCCGUGGCGGCUGCGCCGGCUGUCUGCCCUCCCGGCUCGAGCACGGACGAGCCAAGCGAGGGGUCCGAGGACACGAGAGCCGCGCUGGAGGCGCGGCUCUCAGAGAUGGAGGACCAGAUGCAGGCGGCGGUGGACGCCGACGACUUUGAGGAGGCGUCGCGCAUCCAGGAUGAGCUCGACGCGCUCAACGACGCGAUCGACGCCCUCGGGUAGCCCAUAUGGCUGGCCAUCUAUGUGGCGCAUGUGGGCCGCGUGGCGCCCCCGCGAGCGGGCGGGGCGCCGGCGCGGUCUCGUGGUGCCGCUGCGCGCUGGGCUCUGCUGAGAGUCGCGGGUUGCGGCCGAGGUCUUGUGUGUCUGUGUGUGAAGUCUGAAAGAUCCAAGACCGCCCGCAAAGAUGAG